CAAUGGAAAGCAGAAAGGACAUGAUCAUGUUCCUGGAGGGAGGGCAGCUUGCCACUAUGGUUGGCAAGAGACUGGCUAAUUUGUCUGAAGCAGUGGGAAGCCCAAUUCAUGAAGCGCAGGAUAAGAUGCUUCCCAGAGGCUGUCUGAGCCCCAGGGCUGGAGCCCUAACACCCAGGGAGAGAUCAGAGGAGGAGGUGGAAGUGUUACCAGACAACAGGUCAGCAGCGCUCCGGCGCUCUCCACCACCCCACUCAUCAGACGCUGCCAAGGGGCACCACAGCAGCUCGGACACCGAGUCGGAUUUCUAUGAAGAGAUCGAAGUGAGCUGCACCCCGGACUGUACUUCAGCCAGCGCUGACUACCCACACAACAAAGGUCACUGCUCAGAGGGUAUGGGGGGAAGCCCUGUGAAUGGGAACGAUUCAUCAAAGGGAAGUGGAGGAUCCCAGAGCUCCAUGUCCUGUGCUGGGGAUCAGAUGCGCAGAUACAGGACAGCCUUUACCAGGGAGCAGAUAGCUCGGCUUGAAAAGGAAUUCUACAGGGAGAACUAUGUGUCAAGGCCAAGGAGAUGUGAACUGGCUGCUGCCCUCAACCUGCCAGAGACCACCAUCAAGGUUUGGUUCCAGAACCGCAGGAUGAAGGACAAGAGACAGCGCCUGGCUAUGACCUGGCCUCACCCUGCGGAUCCUGCAUUUUAUACUUACAUGAUGAGUCACGCAGCAGCUACUGGCAACCUACCUUAUCCUUUCCCAUCACAUUUGCCUCUUCCUUAUUACUCACAUAUGAACCUAGGUGCUAGCUCGGCUUCAGCUGCCACACCUUUCAGUAACCCUCUGAGACCUCUGGAUACAUUUAGGGUUCUCUCUCAUCCUUACCCCAGGCCAGAACUACUGUGUGCAUUUAGGCACCCAUCUCUUUACGCGUCCCCUGCCCAUGGACUUAGUGCUGGGAGCAACCCUUGUUCGUGUUUGGCCUGUCAUACCAGCCCUACAGGUGGACUCGCACAGAGGUCUGCAGGAUCUGAAUUUAAUUGCUCAUCCUCUUCCAGAACAGACUCCUUCCUCACCUUUACACCUUCAGUCCUAAGCAAAUCAUCUUCUGUCACUCUAGACCAGAGAGAAGAAGUCCAGUUAACCAGAUAAAUUGUUGUUCUUGAUCAUAGCCAUAUUUUCAAUUGUAAAACUAUUGCAAAUUGAAUGUCUUAUUUAAAUAAAUAUUUUUUUUCUG